AUGGACUUUCAGCCAAACACAUCUCUACGCCUGAGCCUACCAAGUUACAAGAACCACCAACUAAACCUAGAACUUGUUCUCGAGCCUUCUUCUAUGUCUUCUUCUUCUUCUUCUUCCACGAACUCAUCAUCAUGUUUGGAGCAGCCUAGGGUCUUCUCUUGUAACUAUUGUCAAAGAAAGUUUUACAGCUCUCAAGCUCUUGGUGGUCACCAAAACGCUCAUAAGCUUGAGAGAACCUUAGCCAAGAAGAGUCGGGAACUCUUUAGAUCCUCAACAACUGUUGAUUCCGAUCAGCCUUACCCGUUCUCCGGUCGGUUUGAGCUCUACGGCCGUGGCUAUGAAGGAUUUGUUGAAAGCGGUGGCCCGAGGAACUCCUCAGGCCGUCGUGUGCCGGAGAGUAAUCUUGAUCAGGAUCAGGAGAUAAGUCACCUUGACUUGUCGUUAAGGCUCUAA